UCGUCGCAUUAUCAUUAUUAGUAUCAUAUAGUUUUCGGUGCCGAGCGGUCGUUAAAAAAAAAAACACACCAAAAUAGUUUAAACUUUUUUAUUUUAUUUCGAACAUACCUCCUACUCGUCGAUCGUGAUUUAUAUGGUGCGAUUUCCAUCGGUAGCUGUUAAACCGCGUGCUCGUCUAUAGUAUAAUAUUGUUUGCGUAUAUGAUAAUUAUUACGCUGUGUCGAUCGAGUGAGCCGGACGGAUAAAAUCGUUUGAACAAUACACAACGGUGUCCAAGGGGUGGUCGUCGUUGGACGUCACGAACAACCCCGCUGUCAACGCAAUCACCUAUUUUGGAAAUUGUCCGGAGUGCCAGAUCAUCACCACGACGGCAUCACCGGGAGCACAGAGCGGGACGACCAGCGAGGCUGAGGACUCGUCCAGGUCGUCGUUAGGCUCAACCAUGAUGCUAUCACAGCAACAACAUCACCACCACCACAACAUGUUGUCGCCCAUGUUCAACUUUUUGGACGUGCCGUGCAGCAGCAGCCCCCCUUUGGCCGCGCUGCACACCAUGACCGAAAUGAAGAACGGGUGCACGGCCGGCAACCCGCACGGUAUCGAGCAAAUACUGUCGCGGCCGCCGACCACCGGGGCCGCCGUGGCCAUCAGCCACCAGCAACGGGCGUUUAACAGCGUGGCCGGUAUCGCGGCCGCCGGUAUGGCCGCCGCCGCCUCGUAUUUCCACAACGGCGGCGUCAAGCACCCGGCCACCACGCUCGCCGACCUGACCACCAGAAACCUGUACUGGCCCGGAUUCCAGGGGCUGGUCAACAACCCAAUCGCUUGGAGGGACAGGCUGGCCAGUUUGAACAAUUCGAACCAAGAAAAAGACGGCAAAAAGAAACACACGAGGCCUACGUUUAGCGGGCAACAGAUUUUUGCGCUGGAGAAGACGUUCGAGCAGACCAAGUACCUGGCCGGCCCGGAAAGGGCGAAACUGGCGUACGCUCUGGGCAUGACCGAAUCUCAAGUCAAGGUGUGGUUCCAGAACAGAAGGACCAAGUGGCGGAAAAAGCACGCCGCCGAAAUGGCGACGGCCAAGAGGAAGCAAGAAGAAGCGGCCGACGAGAGCGACGAAGACGAGGACAUGCGGGACGACAGUGCGGCCAAACGGCUCAAGAGGGAAUUGGCCGCACAUUACGGAGGCGGCGGCGGCGGCAUAUAGCAUCAGGCUUGGCCGGGCGUUGGCCACCCUGGCACGCUGGACCUGAAGACCCACGAAUAAAUUUUACGUUAUUCCUCUGGCGGUCGUUUCCGGCCGGUAAACAACUUAUGUACUGCAAAUUAUUAUUAUUAUUAUCUGAAACGUCUAGUCAUUUCAUAUAUAUAUAUAUAUAAAUAAUAAGUAUUAUAUUAUAAUACUUAGAUUAGAUGAUCUUAGUGUAUGUGUAAAAAUAGCUAAAUGGUAUUGCAGUGCUGACUCGCGGUUCUACCAAAAUUAUUAUUAUUAUUGUUUCAUUUUUUUUGUUUUUAUUUAAAUUAUUAUUAUUUAUUAUUAUUACUAUUAUUAUUUUUUUUUUCUGUAUAGUGUUGCGAAAUGUGAACAAUGCUUUUUUAAUGACUAUAAAAACAUAAUUAUAUUAAAUUCAUGUGAAUAGAAGCUUUUUAAUACAGUUUCUAUACCAGUACUACGUGUCGUCAUUUGUAUAAUAUUAUGUUUUAAUUUAACUGCUUGUGCGCAUCUCUGAGGAAGAGAUUAUAUAGGAUUAUGGAUGAUGUGUAAUUAUACAAUGUGAAUAUUAUAUAUUAUUAUAUCCUACAAAUGGUAUGUACAAUGUACAUAUACAACAUAUACAUAAAAAAAAACC